AUGAGUCAGUGUGAGAAGACAGAAACAGAAAGUACAUCGCCUGAGAUCAAGGAUCAUUUUUUAAAAUAAAUAUAAAAAAAAUCUAAACUGUUUCAAAGAUGAGGUGCUUCCAAAGCAAGAGGCUAGAGUGAUGUAUAAAUGGUGAUUUUAUCUGAGGAAACGUUAUCUGCUUUGGGUUGAGAGCACAUGUUGACGUGUGUUCCUGUCAGAGACAACUUCAUUUAUACGAACAGGACACGACUCUCGUAAGAAUGUCAGAAGACCCUGAAGAAUCUCUGGGAUUUUCUCAAGCAUCUUUUAAAUAAGUGAUUUUUGUGUUUCCUGAGUGCUGAAAGGUGUCUUACGACGUGUGCCAUCCCAAAACUUCAGUGUUAUGCCAAGUUGAACCUUCGUAGUUAACGGGAGGACUCUCGGACUUGAGUUAAAUGAGAAGAAGAUGAAUGCCAGUCACAUCUAUUGCAAUAACACUACUGCGCACCAAGUAACGUCAAUACAAGAAUAUCAGCAUCACAUCUAUGCCAUCUUCUACACUGUGAUUCUAGUUCCUGGACUGAUUGGCAAUGUUCUCGCGCUCUGGGUUUUUUACGCCUACAUAAAGGAGACGAAGAAGGCUGUGAUAUUCAUGAUUAACCUGGCCGUCGCUGAUCUGCUGCAGGUGCUGUCACUACCUCUGCGCAUUUACUACUAUUUGAACAACUCGUGGCCUUUUGGAGAUGUUGCCUGCAUGCUCUGUUUCUAUCUAAAAUACGUCAAUAUGUAUGCCAGCAUCUACUUCCUGGCUUGCAUCAGUGUGAGACGCUGUCGACUCAUUAUCCAGCCGCUGCGCACUGGCACCAUGAAAAAACAGCAGGACCGGGGUUUGUGUUUAAUUGGGUGGUUCAUUGUGGGUCUGGGAUGCCUUCCAUUCCCUCUCCUACGAAAAAACCCGACCCCCAAUACAGUAUUCUGCUUCUCUGAGCUACCCAUGAUGCCACUCAGCAAAGAACUAGGAGUGUCCCUUGUGACAUUGGCAGAGAUCACAGGCUUUCUUCUGCCGCUGGCUGUAGUGGUCACCUGCUCGUGGCUGACCGCUGCCAGUCUGCGGCAGAGGACCUGUGUGCUACAGGACACUGGGGAGAAGCACAAGGCACUCAAGAUGGUUUUGAGUUGUGCUGGUGUGUUCCUGGUUUGCUUUGUGCCCUAUCACAUAACUUUCCCUUUAGACUUCUUGGCCAAAUCAAACUGUAAUGUCAGUUCUGGUUUUAGGAAUGCAGUGCUCCACGCUCAUCCAAUCACCUUGUGUCUAGCGAGUUUGAACUGCUGUCUGGACCCAGUCAUGUACUACUUCACAACUGAUGAGUUCAAGCGGCGUCUUUCCAGGCCAGAAUUUCACGAAAGUUUGCCAUUACAGCACAGAACUUUCUCCACAAAUUCUACAGUCUGCACUCUAAAAGAAACGGACUGAACUGGCAGAGACAGCACAAAGAAACUGUUUUAAGCCACAAAACAGAGCUUUUCCUAACAUUUUCUUAGGAAUUUAAUAACAAAUCAUCAUUCUGCUCUUAAUGGAAUGUGCAGAAAUACAUUUAAUUAAACAAAAACAAGAAUGUGAAGAAAAUAUUCACAUAUUUAAAAUGUUCUACUUGAAUGUAUGUUAAAAUGUAAUUUAUUGCUGUGAUCAAAGCUGAAUUUUCAGCAACAUUACUCCAGUCUUCAGUUUCACAUGAUCCUUCAUUCUAAUAUGCUUACUUGCUGCUUAUUGCUUAUGAAAUAUUUUGGAUUAUUACCACAGCUGUGAGCUUCCCAUUUUUAUGGAAACCAAGUGUGUUGCACAUGACCUGCAAUUUUGAUGGCCUUCUGGUGCCUGGCUGCAGUUUAAGUCAUAAACCAAACCCUCUCCAUGUGAAAUGGCACGUGAGCCAAAAUGAGAAGAAAAAAAUAAUAAAAAAGAAAUACAUUUCAAAUACA